AUGGGAGCCUCGAUAUCCAAGAUGAUGGCCAAGGUCUUCGGAUCCAAGGAGAUGCGCCUGUUGAUGCUGGGUCUCGACGCCGCUGGAAAGACCACUAUCCUAUACAAGCUCAAGCUCGACCAAGACGUAACCACCAUCCCCACCGUCGGCUUCAACGUCGAGACCGUCACAUACAAGAACACCAAGUUCAACGUAUGGGAUGUCGGUGGCCAGGACAAGAUCCGUCCGCUAUGGAGACACUACUUCUCUGGUAUGUUGGCGCGUGGGGGCACCGUUCCGGGUAGGCGAGUUGACAUGUGUACCCAGGGUCUCAUCUUCGUUAUCGACUCCAACGACCGCGCCCGUAUCGACGAGGCCAAGACGGAACUCACAAGGAUUAUCCAAGAUAGAGAAAUGAAGGAUGCGCUGCUGUUGGUAUUCGCGAACAAGCAGGAUCUCAGCGGAGCUAUGCGACCAAAGGAAGUCUCAGACCGUCUGCAAUUAGACAAGAUCGCCAAAGACCACGUAUGGAAGGUCGAGCCCAGCUGCGCGACAACAGGAGAGGGUAUCUUCGAGGGACUGGCCUGGCUUUCCAACAACGUCAAGCUACCACCAGGCGCCAAGUAG